AUGGCGCCGCUCGGCCAGACGAUCGCUGUCAUUGACAAGUCCGGCAAAGUUGUUAGCACGAGUAAACAACUCUUCGGCGUCUUCCAUCAGGCGAAAGCCGCGUACCGCGAACGCAAGGCGCAUUUUGACUCCGAGCGUAAUGCCAAGAUUGCGGAGCAGCAGGCAUUGCAAGCUCUCGCCACCUACACAAUCGAUGACUCCCCAUCGGUAGCUCCAUCACGACGGAGUCACGCAUCGAGGUCACGACAUCAAUCUAGUCGCAGUGUGCAUCAUCGCCGUCCCCCUUCUCGAUACGAACAAGAUUUGCAUUCGGGUGUUGCGAGGACAGAGUCGGGCUUCGAGGCACCAGCAGAGCUUCCCCGCAGACAUACCCAUCAUGACGUCGCGCUUAGACAACCUGAGGAUCGACCAACAACAGCUCGGUCUAAAUCGGAUGCCUACAUUGACAUGGAUCUUGCAUACGGGGAUGCACACCCGGUCACACUAGCAAAGUAUACCCCUCCGGUGGAGAGUCCGGAAGAUCCAAACCAACUAAAUGGCCUGGUCACUCGGGCCCAGUGGCUUCUGGAAGAAGCGCACUGUAUGCAGCACAGUGCGACCGCCACCAUCGCGCAUCUUCAAAAGAAUCCGGAUGCGAUGGCUGCGGUCGCUCUCACUCUGGCGGAAAUCAGCAACGUCGCCGGAAAAAUGGCACCAACGGCACUUGCUGCAUUCAAGUCCGCCUCUCCCGCAAUUUGGGCCUUACUUGCGAGCCCGCAAUUCCUGAUCGCUGCCGGUGUCGGACUAGGAGUGACGGUGGUCAUGUUCGGAGGAUAUAAAAUCAUCAAGAAGAUACAGUCUAACACGAUCGGAAUCACCCAAGAGCCGGAAUGUGCACCGGCAGAUGAGGAGCCGGAAGAGAUGGAGGAAUUAAUGGAGCUGAAUGUGCAAUCGGGAAGUCGUGUUGAAAUGUGGAGGCGUGGCGUGGCAGACAUUGAAGCUGUCAGCAUGGGCACAUCAGUUGAUGGCGAAUUCAUUACCCAACGAGCUGCGGCCUUGUCUGGAAUCGACGUGACCACGGCCCGCAUGGAAAGAGAUCCACGCUUUAAGUUCGAUGACGAUACGUCCAUGGCUUCCUCCCGACGCUCUCGACGUUCGCGUACAUCCAGGUCACAUGCACAUGCUCCCUCGGAGGCACCUUCCAGGAGAGAGUCCAGAUCCGCUCCUAAAAGUGUCUUCACCAAAUCGACCAAAGAACCAUCGAGGGCCCCAAGCAGGGCCCCAAGCAGAGCCCCUAGCCAGGCUCCAAGUCAAGCCCCGAGCAAAGCUCCAAGCAGGCCCUCAAGCAGAGCGCCAAGUAGGGCGCCUUCCAAAUCUGGCUAUAUGUCAGAAAAGGAGACGCGACCCAAAGAGAAGAAGAAGAAGGGGCCGAGUCGCUUGCGUCUCAUGUUCACUGCUUAA